AUCGUAACAUAUUCGCAACUAACUUCAUUUAAAAGUUGUAAAUUUAACGAUCCAGAGAGGUGAGAAAGUUUCCCUCGUAGAUGAGAAUGAAAAAACAUCAACAUCUUUGUCUUUAAUUGUUAUAUGAAUCGCAAGUGACUUGUCGAUUAUCAUAUCGAAGGUUAUAUCGUUCUUUAUUUAUUGAAAAUACCUUGGUAUUUAAAGCAAGUGUUUAACCUUUAAAUACUCAUGACUUCGUGUGAUCUGUUGCAGUGUGUAAGUUGAUAUUAACUUUGAAAAAUAUCAUUUUUUCAACUGUGACGCAAAUAUCAUAUAUGAUACGUUUAAAAGAAUUCACUGAUGUAUUUUAAACAAAAGUUUCCAUGCAUAUAGUUUCUAGUUAUUUUUCAGUGACAAUGUCAAAAACUCAUAUACCUGCUCGUUUUAAUGGAGAAGCUGACAAUUUUUAUGACCCUAAUUUUACUUUGGACGUUAAUAAAAGAAUGAGAGUCCCUAAAAGUAUUCGAGUAAAUGGAGAUUAUACAGAUGAAGACAUUUCAACUAUGAAUGGUUCUGCUUGGAAUCAAGCGAACUCAAACGAGAAGCUUGAAAUGCAUGUACCCGAUAGGAUUCUUGUUGUAGGUCAAGAACAACAUAUUGGUACGAAAGCUCCACCAAGAGAAAUUACUCUAGAAAAUGCUGUAAUGCCACCGGAACCAGGCAUUAUUAGAGUUCAGACACCACCAAGAAUCUUAACGCUGGACGAUCACUAUUUUCCUACAGUAGAUGAAGAAGAUCAGACAAUUAAUGCUAGUGAAGUUAAAGACUUAUCUAGGAUCAAUCCCCAGUUUAAUAAAGAAACACAGAUCGUUAAGCGUGGAAGAGAACAAACACCAUCCUACAGUUCAGUAGAUGUAUCUCUUCCACCUAGCGAAGAAGUACAACAUUUACGUCGACAAGUUGGAAAACUAAAUCGUCGAGUAAUGGCAGUUGAAUUAGAAAUAUUACAACGGCAACAAAGAGAUAAAAUUUUGUAUACAUUAACUUUAGCAUAUUUCAUAUUAAAAGCAAUUUCUUGGUUAAACAGAAAUUAAAGGAUUCAUUUUUCAAGAUAGCAUGUAGAGAAGAUACAUCUUAAACAUAAAAACGCGCGCAUGCCAUGGUGCUCUUAACAGCGUUCUAUACGAGCUAUUCUUGUUCUCAAAAAUUAUAACCAAAGAUUUAUAUUAUUCAACUUGCAAGAAUUAAUCAUUAUCGCAGUUAUAAGGCAUCUAACUUAAUUAUUUUUAAAUCAUGAGAAAAAUUCGCAAAUCCGUACUAAUUUAACACAUUACAAGAGCAAACAGUGGUAAUAGAAAGUAAAUGGCUAAGUAAAGUAAUCUAUUAAAGUGUAUUAUUUUCAAUAUUAUUUGUAAUAUUAGUUAUUAUUGUUAUUCUAAAGGAGUGUAUAACUGCCAGCAGAUAUAUAAUAUUGGAAUUCAUAUUGUGCACUUCGUAUUUAGA